UCGGGGCCGCUCCCACCGCCGCUGCAGGGAGGCGGAGCCGCCGAUGUUCCGGAGCCCGGAGCCCGGCAGCACCCGGGACACGAGACGGCGGCGCAGCGGUACAGCGCCCGCCUGCUGCAGGCCGGCUACGAGCCUGAGAGCAUGGCGGACUACCUGAUCAGCGGCGGCACCGGUUACGUGCCCGAGGAUGGGCUCACUGCGCAGCAGCUGUUCGCCAACGCCGACGGCCUCACCUACAACGAUUUCCUGAUUCUCCCAGGAUUCAUAGACUUCACAGCUGAUGAGGUGGACCUGACUUCAGCCCUGACUCGGAAGAUCACGCUGAAGACGCCACUCAUCUCCUCCCCCAUGGACACUGUGACAGAGGCUGACAUGGCCAUCGCCAUGGCUCUGAUGGGCGGUAUCGGUUUCAUUCACCACAACUGCACUCCAGAGUUCCAGGCCAACGAGGUGCGAAAGGUCAAGAAGUUUGAACAGGGCUUCAUCACGGACCCUGUGGUGCUGAGCCCCUCGCACACCGUGGGUGACGUGCUAGAGGCCAAGAUCCGGCAUGGCUUCUCUGGCAUCCCCAUCACUGAGACGGGCACCAUGGGCAGCAAGCUGGUGGGCAUCGUCACCUCCCGAGACAUCGACUUCCUCGCCGAGAAGGACCACACCACCCUCCUCAGUGAGGUGAUGACACCGCGGAAUGAGCUGGUGGUGGCUCCAGCGGGUGUGACAUUGAAAGAGGCAAACGAGAUCCUGCAGCGCAGCAAGAAAGGGAAGCUGCCCAUUGUCAAUGAUCGAGAUGAGUUAGUGGCCAUCAUUGCCCGCACUGACCUGAAGAAGAACCGGGACUACCCUCUGGCCUCCAAGGAUUCCCACAAGCAGCUGCUGUGCGGGGCGGCCGUGGGCACCCGUGAGGAUGACAAAUACCGCCUGGACCUGCUCACCCAGGCAGGCGCCGACGUCAUAGUGCUGGACUCAUCCCAAGGGAACUCUGUGUAUCAGAUCGCCAUGGUGCACUACAUCAAGCAGAAGUACCCCCGCCUCCAGGUGAUUGGGGGGAAUGUGGUGACAGCAGCUCAGGCCAAGAACCUGAUUGAUGCUGGUGUGGACGGGCUACGUGUGGGCAUGGGCUGCGGCUCCAUCUGCAUCACCCAGGAAGGUGGGUGCAGGGCACAAGGAGAAAGGGGCCUGUACUGCACCUGGCUCCCCUUGCUCUUGACGCCUUCAUCUUGUGUACUGUCCCCAGUGAUGGCCUGUGGUCGGCCCCAGGGCACUGCCGUGUACAAGGUGGCUGAGUACGCCCGGCGCUUCGGGGUGCCAGUCAUAGCCGAUGGUGGCAUCCAGACCGUGGGGCACGUGGUCAAGGCCCUGGCCCUUGGUGCCUCCACAGUGAUGAUGGGCUCCCUGCUCGCUGCCACCACGGAGGCCCCCGGCGAGUACUUCUUCUCGGAUGGCGUGAGGCUCAAGAAGUACCGGGGCAUGGGCUCGCUGGACGCCAUGGAGAAGUGCAGCGGCAGCCAGAAGCGCUACUUCAGCGAGGGAGAUAAGGUGAAGAUCGCGCAGGGUGUCUCGGGCUCCAUCCAGGACAAAGGCUCCAUUCAGAAGUUCGUGCCCUACCUCAUAGCGGGCAUCCAGCAUGGCUGCCAGGAUAUCGGUGCCCGUAGCCUGUCUGUCCUGCGGUCCAUGAUGUACUCAGGAGAGCUCAAGUUUGAGAAGCGGACCAUGUCAGCUCAGAUCGAGGGUGGUGUCCACGGCCUGCACUCCUAUACCUUUCUGCCGUUCCACCAGCUGCGGCUGUGGCCAGAAGGAGCAUGGCUGUCCCUGGGCCUGGCAUGGUUCUUCCGGGAGCCUUGGCCUGAGGCGGACAGAGGCACGUGGCCUGCUUCUCAUUCCCUCCCGCCCCCUGUGGCUGACAGGCAGAGGCUUCUGCAGCUCACUGCCUCUCCUGAGUCUGGGGGCCACCCGGCGGCCCAGGGCUGGCCUGGGCAAGGGGGUCUGGGGUGGUGAGGCCACCUUCCCGCAUACCCACUCUCAGUUUCCCUCUUGCCUUGUGCCCACAGUUAUGAGAAGCGGCUGUACUGAGGAUGGUGGUGGAGGUCCAGGCGGCGGAGGGGUCAUGCCCCAGGGUCCCCCUUUGGGUACAGCCUCCCUCCAUAACUGAGUGGUCCACAGAUUUGCACUACUGGUUCCCCAGCUCCUUUCCAGGGAGAGAGGAGGGGAGGCCCUGAGGGUCUGCGGCCCCUCCCUGGGCUUCCCCCGCAGAGUCAGGACUGCUCCCAGGCCGGGCUGCCCUGGGAGCCCCCCGGGUUCCCCCUUCUUCAGUCCCCCUGAGCCCAGCCAGCCUGGGCUCUCAGGCCCUGCGCCUGCCUCAGGUCUUUCUUGCUGCAGCCUGCUCCGGCCCGGCUCCCACCCCUGGGACACGUGGCCCCUCCUGGCUUCUCCUGUAGGGCACCUCCCUCCCUAACCCCCACCCCAGAAUCGGUGCUCUCCUGGCCCUGCCUCUGGCCCCUUACUGGGCUGCUGCCCCCUCAGCCAUGUGGCACUUCUGGGCUCCUGACCUAGGCCAGAGGGAGGUCUCUGCCCCCUACCCCUGGCCCUGGCCCUGGGGAGGAGGCGGCCCGUCGUUCUUGGCCCGCCCCCACCCCCAGGUGGACCGUCCCUGCCCUCUCCUCUCAGCUGUGGACUAUCCGGGCCCUGCUCCUCAGGCCGCCCCGUCCCUGGCCCUGGGGAGGAGGCGGCCCGUCGUUCCUGGCUCGCCCCCACCCCCAGGUGGACCGUCCCUGCCCUCUCCUCUCAGCUGCAGUUGAAGGCUUUAAGUUUGCACACUUUGGGGUCACAGUUGCGUCAUUGUAUGUUAAAUACUCUGAAUAAAUCAAGAGGUUUCAACGCC